AUGCGUUACUGCGUUACCUGUAAAGAAACGAUAGUCACAAAUUUACCAGCACCAUUAGAUAUUUCAGAAGUAAACCAUUCAAUAUUAUCAACGAAUUUAUCCGCAGAACCGAAAAAUGUACCAGAUAUUACUACAAGUUCAUUUCUUAUUUCAGCUGAAGAAGCAGAUCAUGUUGACCCGUUGAAUGUAUACGAAAACAAUAUCCGGAAAGCCGAUGAGCCUCUUCUCCGCGCUGGUAAUUUCAGUUAUGUUCCCACAAUCGAUGUUAUCAAAACAGCAAUAAAAGAAUAUAGAAAAAAAUUUCGUUUUGAUGAAGGUUGUUAUAAAGAAAUUAGAAUUGCACGACAAUCGUUAUUUACAUCAGAUACAUUCUCGAAAAUCGUGAUAGGUGUGAACGCUCUCGAAGUUAACUCGGAGUUAACUCUGAAAAAUUUGUAG